AUGCACCUGGUCAUGAUGAAUAAGAUGGCCCCUGGAGGAAUUGCAACACCCCUUGUUUAUGGCCAACUUCUAGCUUUAUACUUGUUACAUAAUGACAUGAAUAAUGCACGAUAUCUUUGGAAAAGAAUCCCUCCAGCUAUUAAAUCUGCAAAUGCUGAGCUUGGUGCAGUUUGGUCAGUAGGACAAAGAAUCUGGCAGAGGGACUUCCCUGGAAUCUAUACAACAAUCGGUGCGCAUCAGUGGUCUGAGACUAUUCAACCAAUCAUGGAAGCACUUAGAGAUGCAACUAGGAGACGAGCCUUUGGACUGGUUUCUCAGGCAUAUACCUCAAUAGUUGCAGAUGAUUUUGCAGCCUUUGUCGGGCUUCCUGUAGAAGAAGCUGUGAAAGGUGUAUUGGAACAGGGCUGGCAGGCAGACUCUUCCACUCGUAUGGUAAUGCCUAAAAAGCCUGGUGUCCUGGAAGCUUGCUUUAACAGAUUUAUUCCUUCUUCAGAACCUGCUCCAGUUCCACCAAUUCCAAAUGAACAACAGUUGGCCAGAUUGACUGACUAUGUGGCUUUCCUUGAAAACUGAUUACCCUGCUCCUGUGUUCAGAACAACGUGGGACUCCUGUGUACUGACAGUUCUAGAAAUCUAAGACUUAUUUCUGUUAAAUGUUGCAGCAUCCCCUACUGAAAUGUGUAAAGUAUACAGUGUCUGUUAUCCAAUUUUUGUUUUACCAAAGCCAAGCUAACAGUUGAAACAAUCCUUUAACUCAUCUAAUAUUUAUUCAGUAGGUACACAGCAGUAUUACUUGGUAAGUUUUUUUAUUGACUUGUAGCCAAGAGAGGCAGAACUUUUUUCAGAUAGGUUACAAAUGCAGAAGAACUUUGAGUAAUGAAGCAGGUUAACUGUAUUGAGGGAUUUGUGCUAGUGGAUUGUGUGCUUCUAUUGCAAGUACUGCAGUGCUUGUUACAGAUCAAUUGCAUCUUGAACUUAAAUGCAAAGGGGUGAAGGCUGCCCUACCUGUAUUUGUAGAGAGAAGGCAUUGGGAUGAAACAAUAACUUGCAUAAGUCAAUUUACAGUACUUUUUUGCAAGUCUGUUUUUGUGGCAUUUUGAUAGCUUUCUUCUUUUUGCUUGUUUUUCUAAAUUGUUAAGUCUCCUUUCUUGUUUUGACUGACUUGAGAAAAAAUUUCUCAUCGGGCAUAUUUUUACAGCACAACGUUGUAUGUGGGGGCAUCUAAAGGAUAAGUUUUGAAGUCAUUUCAGAAAGGCAAAAGUUCCCUUUGAGGAAGCAUUUUUAUUAGAAGGCUUUAUUUUUGAAUGAUUGCAUGUAGGGCAGCAGAUAUUUUGCUUGGUAAUUCUACUCCUUUUUAAAGGCUGUAAUGUCAUGGUUCUCUUCAGUACUCUGGGCCAGCAUCUACUAGAAGCAGCUCUUGCCUGUCUUAACUUUCUGGAUUACCUCUGCAGUCUCUGGAAAGGAAUUUAAAAAUUGGAGUAGGUCUCCCUGAGUAGAGGCCAAGCAGGAUGGAGAUGAUAUAUCAUGUUGCAAUGUCAAUUUGAGGAGUAAAUUUCCUAUACCAGAGCACUGCUGUAUUAAUCUUUGAUUUCAGAGUGGACUUCAGAAGCAGAAAGACGACUUAUGUUCCCAGGCUGCUUUUGGUGAAAAGACUUAUGGGGAAAAUGGUGGUGUUUUAAAGGGCAGUGCUUGCCUUCACUGGCCUCUCCCCCUUAUUUUGCUUUUCAACAUCGUAUUUGGUGGUUUGCCAUUGAAGAUGGCAGGUGUGCUGUUCGUUGUGAUGUUUUCUCCAGUGUGCACUGCCUACUGUACAUUCUCUUGUUGGGGGAUGUGUUAGUGAGGAGGAAUUCUAAACUGUGCACUGCUGCUUUGAAAGCUCCCUUUAUAUGUAAACGUUUACUGAGAAUGAUUAUUUAUUUGAAACCCACCUAGACUUGGACUUAUAAAUGCGAUGCAAAUUCAUCUUCAGUGAUAUUAAAGAACACGUUUACACUGA